AUGCGGGCGCUCGUUGUUAAAGGCCCCGGUGACGGCGCCAUUGAAACCAUUGCCGUUCCAAAACCAGGACCUGGAAGCAUCGUCGUCCGCGUAAUCGACGUGCUUUUAUACAAGACUACGCCCGCCUUCUUUGACGGAGCCAACGCCGCUGCUGGCAUGACAUUGCCUUAUCCUGUGGUUUUUGGGGGUGCAGCUGUUGGUCGCGUUGCAGCCACUGGGCCAGAUACCACUGCAUUCAGUCUAGGCCAGCUGGUGCUCAUUGAACCCAACUUGCGAGCUCGUGAUGAUCCUAACAUAGCUGUGGUCUGGGGCGGCUUCGAUGGCUUCGAUCCGAAAACGAAACAGUUUGUCAAGAACAAUUGGCGUGACGGAAGUUGGGCCGAAUAUGUGCGAGCCCCAUUGGAGAAUACCUGGGCCUUGAACGAUGACAGGCUCAUUGGCAAGUUGGGGUUACAAACUCGCGACCUUUUGCAUCUGGGUUAUCUAUCCGUCUUGUACGCAGGUCUCAGGAGGAUUGAUGUUAAAGCGGGAGAGACAGUUUUGAUAUGCCCAGCGACUGGUAUUUUUAGUAAUGGCGCUAUUGCCAUUGCGAGAGCCUUUGGCCUCAACGUCAUUGCUGGUGGUCGCAAUACCGAGAGCUUGGAUGCACUCAAGGCUCGAUUCCCGGGUAUCCAAACGGUUCAGCUAAAAGGCGAGCAGGAGGAUGCCAGCGCUAUCCAAACUCUAGGUCCCAUCGAUGCCUUUGUUGAUAUCGGACCGGCGGCCGCUACUGGAACCUCUUAUCUUGCCUCUUGCAUCCUCUCUGUCCGAAAGGGAGGCCGUGUGUGCCUCCUUGGUGGUCGAGGAGACACCACGCUGCCGGUACCAUACCUAUUCAUGAUGUUUAAUAACAUCACUUUGCGAGGUUCACUCAUGUACGAGGACGAAGACGUUAAAGGGCUUAUAAAGCUGGCUGAAUCGGGUAUUUUGAAGCUUAAUGCAGAGGGUGGCCUUGGGGUUCUGGGGUCGUAUCCUCUUGAAGAUUAUGAUAAGGCGCUGGAAAAAGCAAAAGUCUGUGCAGAAGGGAAAAUAGUUGUCAUAAAUCCCUGA